UCCCCUUCGCUUCGUCCACCAGCAACCACAAGCCCUCCGCUCUCCGCCCGAUUUCCCCAACCCGCACCCGCAGGAGCCGUGAGGGAGGAGAGAAAUGGCGGCAGGCGGCCUCCCCAGCCCGCCGUCGGCGCCGCCGCCGCUGUCGCCGAUCGAUCUGGACGAUCUCCUCACGGAGAUCCUCCUCCGCCUCCCUCCUUUGCCGUCUUCGCUUCCCCGCGCCUCCGCCGUCUGCAGGCGGUGGCGCCUCCUCGUCUGCAGGCGGUGGCGCCUCCUCGUCUGCGACCCCGUCUUCUUCCGCCGGUUCUGCCUGCACAACCGCCGCAGCCCUCCCAUGCUGGGCUUCUUCGUCGGCCGCCGCCCGCUCUGUUUUUCCCCCACGCUGGAGGUACCGAAUCGCGUCCCCAGGGAGCGCUUCAUCCUCGACAACGGCCGCGACGACAACGAAAUCAUCGAUUGCCGCCAUGGCUUCGUCCUAAUCCUCCUCGGGCACGGGGACCGGUUCCUGGUGUGGGAGCCCUUGACCGGCUUCCAGCAUCACAUCACCGCCCCCUCGUACUUCAGAGGCCUAGCACCGAUUCAUGGGGCGGUGCUUCGCCUUGCCUGGGAAGAUGAGCAGUUCCAGGUGGUCCUGAUAGGCCUUGAGGGCGCGCGCGCAAACGCGCUCUUCUAUUCCUCCAAGAACAUGGUAUGGAAGAAACUCGUCUCUCCCUCACUUCCAGGGAAGGAUCCAUCCAGUGGUCCUCCUACCAUAUCUUUCAGGAAUUCCCCACCUGUGCUAGUUGGAAACUCUAUUCACUGGCUAGUGUAUGAUAGAUUGAGUCUGUCUGAUGUUAUGGAUGGAGUUCGCUUAUCAAAUAGCUUGGCUGCGUUUGACGUUAGCACACAUAAUCUGUCUGUUGCACGGGUAGUAGGUGACAUAAACAACAUGACUGAUUAUCAGAUCUUGGCAAUACCAGAAGAGAGCGCUGUCAGUUUGCUCACACUGUCAGGCCUACGUGUGGAUAUCUGGAGGAGGAUUACUGACUGUGAUGCAAACAAUUGCUGGGUCAUAACAAGGAGCAUCGACCUAAAUAUUCGACUCCCAAUUGAUCCACAGAGACACGCGGGGCGUGUAAUCAUUCGAGGGCUUGCAGAGUACAACAGGAUGCUGCUGUUAUCUUCUGCCAGCCGCGUCUUCGCCUUGCAGCUGGAUACAAUUCAUUACGACAAAUUUCGUGACUCUGGUUGCUGGUACCAUCCCUUCGAAAGUUAUUGUCGCCCAGAUCCUUCGAUGCAUAUGGCCUGCCCUGGUUCCAUCAAGCCAGAGGAAUACCAAACUGCAAAGGCUGCUCUUGAAGUGGGUUCUUCCUGCAUAUCUGGUGACUCGAGGUUUACUCGUCUGAUGAAGGAGUGUGAUGAUCGUAUUGCUGAGGAGGCUAGCCAGGUUCUGGUCACGACAUUUUCAGAGUCUACAACUGUGGCUACUGCUACGGAGGACCAGGAUGGUGCAAAUCUGGAGAAGACACAGCUUACGGUAGAAAUGCCAAAAGAAAGCCCAAAUACAGAAACAGUUACUGGUGAUGGAGACGAUUCAUAAGAUGAUUGCUUGUUAGAUAUGCUAUUGGACUGGGGCUUCACCAGGUUUGGUUUUGAUAGCUAGAUGAAGAAACGGGGCUGCUAGCUAGGUGUACUUCAAUACAAGUCCAACCACACUGCCACUAGAACACAUAUAUACUUUUGCUGGGAUGAUGUACGCUCUGGAGAUUGGCUCUGUAUGUAGCAUGCACUAGAAGAUAUGCAUGAAUUUGCAAGGAAACAAAAUACCAACUAUAUUUGAUAGGGGGGCUAACUUGGCCAAUCACUGCAAUACGUGUGCUAUGCUCAACUUACUAUCA